AUUUUUACCAUACAGUAAAUCUAUCUUUCGGAAGACUUUGUAUCUAUUCGAUCUAGCAUUAAGAAUGAGUGAACAUGAAGUUGGAAUACACAUCACCUGAGAAUCUGGUGUUUUAUAUUACACUGUUUACUGUGCUAGGAUAUAUACAUGUAGAUGGAUGUUCUAGAGAGAGAUCUAGGGUUGUCAGACGUGUAAUUACUGAAAAAAUAUAUCCAUUGUACAAAUCUGUCCAAGCAGAGAUUCCAGAUACAUGUAUCCUGAACAAAGAGAGAGAUAUUUAUGCCAUACAAGAGGACCAAAAGUAUAAUGAGCCGCCCAAUAAGUGGUAUUGUAAUAUCUGUGGUAAAGGGUUCAUCGCUGAGUAUUACUUAGAUCUACACUUUACCAAUAGACAUAAAGAAUACAUUAGACAGGGGGAGGAUGUGUUAUGUUUAGCUGACUAUUGUGAUCUAUAUAGAUGUGAUAUAGUUGCUGGUAUACAAACAGCUGAAUUCUGGGAUAUUUCCUUAUGUUUAGAAGAAGAUAUGGAAGAUAUUAAACAGAGAUGCAAGGAAGUAUUUAGUACCUGUGUUCCUCAAGGUUUAUCAAAGAAUGCAACAAUGACAUUAGAAGAAGGAUUAAAUGAAAUAGUUUGUAAUUACCAUUCCUGUAAAAAAUACUGGGAAACCCCACUAGAAAAGCCCAGAGAUGUAUCAGUGAUGUAUACAGUUUUUACUGUGUUUACUUUCAUCGUGCUGAUCAUAUAUUACUGUAUAGGAUAUCAGUAUUACUAUACAGAUACCUUCACAGAUAUGUAUGAGCCAAGCUUUAAACCAUCAUACAAGCUUCCAAAUCAACAGGUACGACAGAGAAUAGUCAAUACAACCAGCUGACAAAGGGAGAUAAUAUAUGCAAUAAGACAAAGGGAUGUGGCAUUCGUUAACAUGAGUACUAGAUGGAUUGUGUACAAACUAUUGUCAUAGAGUUGUGUAAUGCGUAAAACUCAGUUAAAACGAUAGUGCAUUGUGAUUUAGAGUUAAAUAAAAUGUAACAUGAAAGUCAAAGUGUAUUGCAAGUUGGUAAAGAUACCCUUUAAAUUUUAAUUUACAUGAUUGCAGCAGGAACAUUCAUUUUAUUUGCCUCUGCCUCAGCCAUCCAUCAUCAUCAUACUCAUAUUUAUAAAAAUAAAUUUUAUUUUGAUAUCUUA